UUUUGUUAUUUUUAGAUUUAGAAGAGUUUCUGUUAUGUUGGAGUUUUAGAGGUUACUAUUAUGGUGAAGAGUGGAGCUUGAGUCUAGGAUGAGGACAGGAAUGUGGUGUGGUGUAUGAUAUGUAUUGCUGUCUUUGAGCAAUUGCUAUGCUAACCAUAGCAUAUUUCCCAAGCUGCACUCUGUAAUGCUUCCCAGCAGCAUGUUGUUAGCAUGCAAACAUUCACGGUCACUAGCUAGUAUCUAAAGAAAUGAAAGAUUCAGUUGAGUUUUCAAAAUAUUCUUCUAAAAUUCUUCGUUUGUGUUCAGCAGAAGAGAGAAAGUCAUAAUUUUUAUUUUUGGGGGAACUAUCCCUUUAAAGGGACACUUACCCUACUAGGUUGUAUUACAGCAUCUACUGGUAUAAAAGGACAUUCAGCAUGUUCAGUAGACUGCUUUAAGACUAGUGUGGGUGGUGAAGAGGAAGUAUCAGAUGUCUUCACUUCUUAUUUUGUUUACUAGAACCUCAUAUAUUGAGGGACAAUCUUUUUAUUUGCCUCUCUGCAAAAGUCUGUUCAACCUUUCGGUUCAUAAUCAUUAUAGUUCCAUAAAUGUAAUUCUUUAUUCCUUUGGAAAAAUUUGCUUCAAGUAAACAGAAGUAAACAUGUAUGAUGCUCAACACGUAAUUUCCGCUACACACGAAACAACAUGUCACAAGAUAUAUGAUGUGAGGAAACACAUGUCUCUAAGUGUUGCUUCUUGUUUCCUUCAGUUAAGUAUUAUAGAAUGACAUCUCACUUCGUCUACUGUGUUUACUGUUCGUCUACAUUGUAAUAACUUUCAAGGAUUUCGUUAAUUUAUGUCGACAAGCCAACAAAUAAUGACUUUAUGGAGUAUAGUGCUACUCUAUAUUGUGUAUAUUAAUCAAGUGUACGGAGAAGAAUAUAUAACAGGUUACAUUGGCCAAUCAGUUGUCUUGAAAUCUGGGGUAGACCAAUCAUGGAAUCUUACUAGAGUUCAAUGGUCCAUUUAUACGAACACAACAUUUAUUGCAAGUCUUAAUAAUGGCAAAAUCAAUACAGACAGGUUUUGGAGACACAAGGGUCGACUUGAGCUCAACCGCACAACAGGGGAUUUAACAAUCAAAGAUGUGAGGAUGGAUGACAACAUGAUAUACACUGUCACCCUGCUAAACUCAAAUGAAUAUCGGGAAAAUGUUAACGUUAAUCUAACAGUCCAAGAACGACUCAUGAAGCCAGAUAUCCAGAAUGCAUUGAAUAUCAGCAAAGACGGGCAGUGUCACAUUGUACUUAAGUGCAUUCCAUCUGGUAAAAACGUCCUUUUGUCAUGGACACCUGUGGGCAUGUUCAACGGAUCCUAUAUUUCAGGAAGCCCAAAGUCUAUAGACUCUAUUCUUUGGAUGUCAUUUAGCGUGAACAGAAGCGUAACCUUCAACUGUACAGCCUCCAGUGGUCAACAGAACGAAUCAAAUCAAAUAACGGUGGGAUGUACAGAGGAGAACCAGAAGCCUGAAGUCUGCAGUUUGUGCAGUUCAUGUACUUUCAUGGUUUUUAUGGCUAUUGUGUUAACAGCUGUGGUUUGUGGUUCACUAUAUGCCUUUAAAGACAAGAUUAAAGCUGCCUGGGUGGAUGGCCACCUCUGCGUCUUCCAGAGUAUAUAUACAUGUUAACAACAUACCCACAUAUAAUGAACACUUUAAAUGUUCAUUUAAAUAAAUGAAUCAUGGCAGCUCUUUUUUCAAAAUA